CGGAGCACCCCGGAGACCCGAUUAACUGGCUUGUGCCUCCCCUAGGAUGGACACAUGGACAGCACUGCUGACCCUCCUCCUGCAGGCCUCGUUGGCACUCCCCUUGGCUGACAGUGCCACCCCCACCCUGCGCUUUGUGGCCCUGGGUGACUGGGGAGGGGUCCCCAAUGCCCCGUACCACACGGCCCGGGAAAUGGCCAGUGCCAAGGAAAUGGGCAGAACAGUGCAGACCCUGGGCGCCGACUUCAUCCUGUCCCUGGGAGACAACUUCUAUUUCACCGGUGUGCGGGACGCCUAUGACAAGAGGUUCCAGGAAACUUUUGAGGAUGUCUUCUCGGACCGCUCCCUUCGCAACGUGCCCUGGUACGUGCUGGCCGGAAACCACGACCACCUGGGUAACGUUUCUGCGCAGAUUGCCUACUCCAAGAUCUCCAAGCGCUGGAACUUCCCCAGCCCUUUCUACCGUCUGCGCUUCAAGAUCCCACGAACCAACGUGUCCGUGGCCAUCUUCAUGCUGGACACAGUGGCCUUGUGCGGCAACUCGGACGAUUUCCUUAGCCAGCAGCCCGAGAGGCCCCGUGACCUGGGACUGGCCCGCACCCAGCUGGCUUGGCUCAAAAAACAGCUGGCAGCCGCCCAGGAGGACUACGUGUUGGUAGCUGGCCACUACCCGGUGUGGUCCAUAGCCGAACACGGACCCACGCGCUGCCUGGUCAAGAAGCUGCAGCCCCUGCUGGCCACAUAUGGGGUCAUCGCCUACCUGUGCGGUCAUGACCACAACCUGCAGUACCUUCAGGAUGAGAAGGGUGUGGGCUACGUGCUGAGUGGGGCCGGGAACUUCAUGGACCCCUCCAAACGGCACCAACGCAAAGUCCCGGAUGGUUACCUGCGCUUCCACUACGGGGCCGAGGACUCGCUGGGCGGCUUCGCCUACAUCGAGAUCAGUCCCAAAGAGAUGACGGUCACUUACAUCGAGGCCUCCGGCAAGUCUCUCUUCAAGACCAGCCUGCCCAGGCGACCCAGGCCCUGAGCCCGGGGUGGGGGGACCCCCGCUCUGAGUGAGACCUGAGGGGCCUCCCACCUGUGGUAGGUGAGCCCUACUGGGGCCCUGCCCACGGGCAGGGUUUUCCUCAGGCCAGCGACAGUGCUGGGGCAGAGUAGGAAGGAGAACCAAAGCAGAGGAACUGGGGUGCCACGGGGCACUCGUGAAAGGGGCAUGGGCAUGGACAUGACCCAGAGCGCCCCUGUCAGGUAGCCCCGGGAAAUAGGGGACAGAGAGGGGACACUUCCUCCUGAAUCAAGCCUUCUCCUGUGAAGCCAUUCAAUAAAAAGAAUAGUUACCAAGA